AUGAGCGCUAGAGGUACUCGCGAAAGGGGUACACGAGGCCGUGGUAGAGGCAUAGAAAGUGCUAGGGCAGGGUCUUUGGCGUCAAGCCACAUGCCAAAUAUUGAGGCUAGGGAUGCACCAGCUUCACUGGUGACUGAGUCGGGGUCAUACGAUCGAGCGGCUGGGGAUGACACAUUUUCCCAAGCUAUGAUCUGUAUUCUGGAAAAGGUUAUAGGAACCAGCAUUGCUGUUAUGGGCCGUGGGUCAAUUUCUAAACGACUUCGGUCGAAUAGAGCGAAAAUUUUUAGGGGUGUUUCUAGUGUAGCCCCUAAUGUGGUUGAAUACUGGUUGGAAGCCAUGGAAAGAAUAAUGGAUGAUCUUGACUGCACUUCUGAGCAAAAGCUAAAAGGUACAGUGUCUUUACUGCGAGACGAGGCCUAUCAGUGGUGGCUUACCGUGAGAGAGGGUACUCAGGCCGAACGGUUAACAUGGGAUUUCUUUAAGUCGAUUUUUCAAGGAAAGUAUGUGGGCGCAAGUUAUAUGGACGCCCGAAGAAAGGAAUUUUUGAGUUUGACCCAGGGGAAUAAGACUAUUGCAGAAUAUGAAGCAGAGUUCCUACGACUAAGUUGCUAUGCACGUGGGAUAGUGGCAACUGAGUAUGAGCACUAUAGGGAGCGAGAUUUUGCUGCCCUUGUUGAAAAGGAAAAAAUUGUCGAGGAUGUGAAGCGCUCUAAGCGUCAGAAUUGUGAGAAAGAUAGGGGAAGAUUUAGGAGGGAUUCAGAGCUCUCAAGUUCUUCUAGUAGGCCUAAAAAGAAGGCCAGGUUUUAUAGACCAGUCCGAGCUGGGGUUACUGUUGCUAGACUACAGCCUUGUGUUGACUGUGGGAGACAUCAUCUGGUGAGAGGUGGUCAGCAGCCAAUGAGAGGCCAUGGGCAGGUUAGAGGUGAAAAUGGUGUGGGACGAGGUCAUGGAACGUAUGGCAGAGGGGUUUGUAAUAUUGAGGUGAGGCAGCCAGUACUAGUUUAUGCUACUCAUCACCGUGAGGAUGGUGACGCUUCAGAUGUUAUAACUGUUAAGGUGGAAAAGUUGUUUAGAGAUGUGCCCCUAGAGGUUCAAGGAGUUCUAUUUCUGGCGGAUCUGAUAGAGCUACUGUUUGGUGAAUUCGAUCUAAUCUUAGGGAUGGAUUGGUUGGUUAAGCACCAUGCAAGUUUGGAUUGUGCUGCUAAGCAUAUGGUAUUGAAGACGACUGAGGAUGAGGAGGUGGUUGUGAUUGGGGAGCGAAGGGAUUUUCUGUCUAAUGUGAUCUCUGCUUUAAAGGCCGAAAAACUGGUUCGCAAGGGCUGUGAGGCGUUUCUAGCCUAUGUUGGUGUAUUUGAUUCUGAGGGUCCUUCUAUUGGAGAUAUCAGAACAGUUAAGGAUUUUUCUGAUGUUUUUCCUAACGAGCUCCCUAGGUUGCCUCCAAGUCGUGAGGUUGAAUUUGGAAUUGAGCUGUUGCCAGGAACGGCUCUAGUGUCCAUCGCCCCUUAUAGGAUGGCACCAAAGGAGUUGGUGGAAUUAAAAGCUCAAAUCUAA